AUGGCUACUCUUCAUAGUACUAGACCAUCUGUGGCUAGGGUUCUAGUCGAAAAGGAUAUUACUACUUACUUUCAUGAUUCAGUCUGGAUUGGGAGUGAAGUUGAUGGAUAUUGGCAACCUGUAGAAAUGGAGUUUGUGCCUAGUUACUGUACUCAUUGCAAGAUGUUCGGUCAUUUGUUCACUCAUUGCUUUAAUACUCAUCCUGAAUUACGUGGUAAUAAAGAAUUAAAGAAAUCAAGAAUGGAGAAUAUGAGUCAUAUGGACGUCUCUCAAAAUCAAGAAAUUCUGGUUGUCAAUACAGAAAAUUUAGAGCCUAAUCAACCUACUACAAUCAUUAAUGUGGGUAUGAAUCUUGAUCCUGAAACUAACAAUGAUAACAUUGCUAUUCCAAUGAUUCACAAGAUUAUCUCUAACACGGAUAAUCUUGAGGGGAAUCAUGAUGAUGAAAGACAUGUAACAAAUGAUGUAGGAGUUUCCAUGAAUGUUGAGAAAUCUAUUGUGGAAAUAGAAACAAUUUUUUUGAAUGAACAUGUUUUUGUACCGAUGGGUCCUAUGAUGGAUGAUAGUCUAGUUCUUACUAGAUCAGAAUUGGAUGAAAGCUGGAUGGUUCAACGCUCUUCUAGAAAGCGUAAACUCAAAGGAAAUAGAGAACUUAGUUAUAUUAAUCCAGAAGCUCUUAUCAUUUAUUUAAAUAAUAAAGAUGAUCCUAAUAAUGGAGCCUUGCCAAUGAGGCUAACCAGAGAUUUUGUGAAGGUGGAGGUUCUCACUAAUGACUAUCAAAUGCUACAUUUGAAGGUUAAUAUUCAUGAGGAUUCUUUUCGUCUUUCUAUUGUUUAUGCGGGUUGCUCCAGGCAAUCUAGAUUGGAGCUUCGGUCUUUAAUUAAAUCUAUUGAUGCUAAGAAUGAUUCUUGGCUUAUGGGAGGUGUUCAUCCUAACCUUAGUCGUAUUGCUGAUUUUAAUGACGCUCUUAUGGAGGCUGGACUUUUCGAUUUGGGUUUUCAAGGGAAACCUUUUACUUGGCAUCGUGGACAGAUUUUUGAAAGACUAGAUCGUUUUGUGGCUAAUACUAAUUGGAUAAGUGAAUUCUUACAUCAUAAAGUAAUACAUUUGGCUAUACUGGCUUUGGAUCAUGCUCCUAUUCUUCUUCAGAUCACUGAUGGUCUUAAUGAUAAUUGGAAAGCGGAUGGUAAAGGAAAAGCUGGGAUUCAAUUAUGGAAGCUACAAAAGAAUCUAGCGAAAAAACUUAAAGAUUGGAAUUGGAAGGUGUUUGGGAACCUUCAGUCAGUGAUUAAUGAUCUUGAAAAUAAGGUGAAAGGUGAUCGUAAUACUGCCUAUUAUCAUGCUUGCAUUCGUAAUCGUAGGAAACAAAAUUUUAUUUCUAAAGUUUGCAAGAAUGAUGGGAGAAUUAUCUCUACGCACAGCGAGAUCAUAUCUGAUGUUAUUCAAUAUUUUUCGAAUUUGUUUGCUAAUGAUGGCUGCAGGCUUACAGAGAUUAAUUCCAAUCUUUUUUCUGCUUCUCCUCCUAUUAAUAACCAUUCUCUGACUUGUAUUCCCUGCCUAAAAGAAAUUAAAAACAUUUUAUUUGGCAUGGAAGAGGGCAGGGCGGCGGGAUCUGAUGGGUUUAAUAUUGAAUUUUACAAAAAUGGAUGGGAUAUUAUCCAGCCACAAUUUACUACUACUAUUCAAGAUUUCUUUAGAGGUGUUGAUUUACCUCGGUAUUUUAAAUCCUCAAAAAUUGUUUUGCUUCCUAAAAUUAAUAAUCCUUCUUCUUGGGAAGCUUUCCGUCCUAUUAGCCUAAAUAUUGUUAUCACUAAAUUGAUUUCAAAAAUUUUGGUUAAAAGGCUUCAGCCUAUGCUUACUGAUAUUAUAUGUCUUAAUCAGAAGACAUUCAUUAAUGGUAGAAAUAUUUGUGACAAUGCCCUUCUAGUUCAAGAACUUCUUUUGGAUAUUAAUAGAAAGAGCAGAGGGGGUAAUGUGAUAUUCAAAAUGGAUAUCCGUAAAGCUUUCGAUUCGAUUCGUUGGGAAUUUAUUCUUGAUAUACUUCAGGCAAUUGGUUUCAAUCAGGAAUUUUGA